AUGUUAAUAUUCGCUUUACUGGCCUCUGCCUAUUUGGCUAUUUGCCAACAACGGAUGUAUGAGACUUAUGGAAAGCAUUCCGAUGAAGCCAUGUUUGUCAUCCACGCAAUAUCGUUGCCGCUAUUCUCAUUGAUGGGAGCAGAUAUUAUGGCUGCUGCGAUCAAGUUCAAUAAGAGCGCUCCAUUUGAAGUCGCUGGCGUCACGAUUCCUGUGCCUUCACUAUGGAUGAAUCUCUUCUUCAGCUGCGUUUUACAGUACUAUUGCAUCAGAUUCGUUUAUCGGUUGAACGCCGAGGUUGAAGCGCUUACGGUAACUCUCGUGGUCACUCUGAGGAAGUUCUUAUCGCUGGUAGUGUCGAUUUGGUGGUUCCAGAACCCAUUCACAUGUUUGUUUUAUUUCUUUUAG